GCCCCACGCACAGCACAGACGACCAUCCUUCAUGCUGCGUCGAGCGCACGGGCACGGCAGCAGCUAUAUUUACCGGACGGACAACGGCGUGGCUUUUCGUAGCCGUUGAGGGUAUUGUUGCAUAAUGGCGAGCAUGGACGAAGUGUCGGCCCCGCCACUACCCGCUUACCCCACCACAACGGGAGAGAACAGUGACCAGGUAAGCACAUAUCCAACUUGCCAAUCAAUCAAUAAUACUGCUGUCAAGGCCGAAGUGACAGGUCAGAUUUCCGAAAUGACUAUAAGUGAUCAGCCGACAUCUGCAGAAAGUGGUGGCAGAAUUGAUCCCUCCGGGCCUAGCACAGUCAUGGAAAUGUUUCAGGAUGGAGUGGUGGUGGUACUGCAGAGUGUCGCCAGCAGACACACUCUCUGCGUGUCUGGAGGAGAAAUAAGUGGAAAAGGAAUCAGAGAUGCCUUCUCACAGUUUAGAGUCCACACGUUGCCAUCUGGAAGAAUAGCUCUUCAGAAUGUGGGCAACGCAGAUAACUGGCUCACAGUCUACGAGGGGAGAACCCUAGGAUCAGGAAGUGGAGGACCUUAUGCAGAAUUUGUUCUUCAUGAAAUAGAAGGUAAAUACGUGGCACUUGAGUCGGGGUUCUACCCAGGUCAACACGUGGGUGUCUGUGAGAACGGAGAGCUCCAACCGCCUUCGGAGACUCCGGCCCGCCACCGAGCCUCUCUCUUCAUUCCCUUCCCCCAGUUCUCCACUCCUCCUGCUACCACAUGGGUGGAGCCAGCCCCGAGACCUGGUGAGCUUCCUCCGCCAUAUCCCGGACCACCGCAAGGUGGUGUAUUUGGUGGAGGGAUCAAAGGCACUGAAGCAGCUCAUCCCUCUGUGGCACAGCCUGCUCUGCCGCUGUACCAACCUCCAUCUCACAUGUUUCAGCCAGCCGGGCCCUCCUUCCUCCAGCCACCAGCGCCCGGCGCGAUGGUCCACCCUCCAGAUCACUCCAUUCCAACCCACCCUGCCAUUCCUCUCGGCUACGAACUGAUGGAUUUGUUCUACAAGUUCAACAGUCUGCAUCUCGUCCCUCGGGAGGACUCUCACCUGACAGACCACCCCGUGGCCGUCACUCAUGGAGUCCUGGAGAAACGUACCAAACUCAAGACCGGAGGAAACUUCCAGUCCCCGGCAUCUGAAUUGAUUGCAGAGACUUCACCGGAUGGUAACGUAGCACUGAGAAACCCUGCCUCUGGGAAGACACUCUGCUGCAACAGUCAAAUGAAGCUGUUCAUGGGGGACGACGUGUAUGCGUACGGUGCCGAGCAUCUGUUCACAGUGCGAGGUAUCCACGGAGCUAUCGUUGCCCUGGAGUCGGUCCAGUUUCCCACCCACUUUGUGAGUGCAAAUGGCAAAAACGGGACCCUCAUUCUGGAGAGACAGGAACUGAAGGCUUACUGCGUCCAGUUCACAGUCUAUGUCAGUAGAUUUAAGGGCCCGUACAGUCAAGUUCUCACUUCUCCAUUUUCCAGUGGACACCCCUCAAUCGUGAGCAAAUUAAAGGACAGGUCGGUGAUCCAGCUCUUUUCAAAUCCAGAACGUAUGUAUCUGUGUCUUGGACGGAAAGUUCACUCAACUGAUGUGGAGGAGGAAGGAACGUUCCUGUUGUUCCGUGACCGAGGCAUGGGUCGUGUUUCCUUCACCAGCUACUUUGGAGGGAAACACUUGAAGAUUGAUCACAACGGACACCUCUCAACAGAUAGUCAAGAGAAGCACACAGAUUUCUAUGUGAGAGAGUGUCCGCGUGGAACUCUGCUGUUUGAGAGCAUCGUCUUCCCUCAAGAGGUGAUCAAGAUGAGCGUGGGGAAGAAGAAAAACAAGAGGAUCGUCAACCAAUUCGCCGUCUUUCUCCUGGACAGGAAUAAAACUCAAGGAAUGGUGGGUCAGAAGACCAUUCCCAAUCAGCUCAGCAUCAGCCAUUCAAUCCCUCUUUUCGACUGGGCGGAGCAGGCGUUGUUCAGCGAGGGAAGCGUGGUGCUACUGCAGUCGCUCGCCAGUGAGCGGGGACUGUGUGUGAAGCACGGAAGAGUAUCUGGGACUGGGAUCAGAGACCCACACUCUCAGUUUGUCGUUUACAUACGUCGGUAUGGAAGGAUAGCUCUACAGAGCGUGGCCUAUCCGAACAAGUGGCUCCAGAUACGAGACGGAGAGACCGGAGCUGGUGGAGGUCGAAUGGAGUUUGCGGAGUUCAACGUCCAUGAAGUAGGGGACAGCUUUGUGGCUCUGGAGUCAGCAGUGUACCCAGGUCAACAUGUGGGUAUUCGUGAGGAUGGAGAGCUGAAGUCAGCAGCAGAGACUCCUCCCAUGGACCCCAGUUCUUUCUUCAUCCCAUUCCUACACUCCUCGGCCUCAGGGAGCGCUGGACUGAGUCAGAGUCAGAAUCCACGGGAGUCUCGUCAGCCUCCCAAUCAGCAGGGUCUUCCUCCUGGAUGGGAGCCAGCCAGAACUGCCGAUGGGAGAGAGUACUUCAUCAACCACACCACCAGAGCCACCAGCUGGACAAGUCCCUCUCUGGACCCUGCGCCUCCCACCGGCUACUCCAUACAGGACUUGUUUCGAGGGAACAGUGUUUUGAUAGUCCCAGUAUCGGCCACCACGCGAGACUAUGACAGUGCAAUGACUGUACAGACUAGUGAUGCUCUCCUGUCUAUGAUGAGUUACCCCAAGUGGGUAGCCAGUGCCCAAAAUGCUGGACCUGACUAUGCUAAUGCUAACUGUAUAGUUACUCCAACUGUAAUGCUCAAAGGGGAUGUUAUGCUCAUGACUCAUUCUGGCAUGGUGUGGGUCAACAAAGCAAAGAAAGUAUUUGUAAUGAAAAACCCACUGGACAGAGGGAUAAAUGAGCUGUUCAUCGUCCAUCAUAUCAGAGAGUCAAUUGUGGCGUUUGAAUCAGUUAUGUUUCCCGGGUACUUCUUGAGUGUUGACGGACCAGGAAGAGCGGCAAUCCUUGAAGCUAUAGGCCACAGGGCUUUUGGUUUUACACAACUUUGUGUCCAAUUCAUUGUGCGUGUGGUGAAGUUUGGAAGCAACUCCCGUCAAAGAGCUCUUUCACCUUUCAGUAGGAAAGUGGCAUCUGUGGAGAAGCUGGUGGACAGAGCAGUCGUCCAAUUCUACCACAAACCAUCCCAACUCUUCUUGGGAGUCCACAAAUCUGAAGUGACACUGAUAGACGACGAGGAGGACAACAAAACAUUCUGGGAGUACCAUGACAGAGGAAUGGGACGUUUGUCGCUCACCUUGAGAGGGAGCCACAAGACAUUGGCAAUGGGCCACAAUGGAGCGCUCUGCACCGUAGGCGGGCUUGGGAGUGUCGAGUCCUCAGAUUUCCGUGUUCUGGAGUGUCCAACAGGAGAACUGAUACUGGAGAGCUCUAGAAACACUGGAGACUACGUCUCUCUCUGGAGCUCCAAGUACAGAAUUAAAGUCAAGAAAUUCUCCGUCUACCUCUUGGAUGUGGGCAGUAAUAGCAAGCUAACCCCCAGAGAUGCCAUCAACUGAAAAUUGUAUAAUAAACUCAUCUUCGUCGACAUGCAACUGCAGAAGUGUGCACUGAUUGUUUUCUAUGCAGUAUGUAUUUCAGCUGACCUUUUUUACUUUCACCUUAAAUUUUUUUUAAUGAUCCAAGGUGUAUUAUUACAACAUUCAUGAAAUUUCUAUAAAAUAAGUGUCAAUGUUCUGAAACACAUACAAAUAUCUGAAUGAUUCAUAGUAUGAUUAAUAUUAGUCAUGUGACCUGUUAGUUGUGAUGAUGAUGUCAUUUGUCCAAUCGACAGAGAGGAUUAUCGUGGACCAUUUGCAGAUCGACCUUGUGACCUACCAACUCUCGAAUGUUGUUCAGAGCGAUACUUGAUCAUUGUUGGUCUCUCAAGAGAGACUCCCCAGGCAAUGACCGACACCUCCCUGGGCAGACCCAUAGGCAGCAGCAUCUCUGGUCUGAACAUACCCGAGUUACCCACCUCCACCCACUUACCCAG